UUUGGGAAGCCGUGGGCGCCUGCCUGCAGGCGUCUUCGUUUUUCUCGCCCCUUCUGGAGGACUUGGCUGGGCUGGGCGGGCACUGCUCACCACAUCCUCUUGAUCCCCACCCCUUGCCUGGCCUCAGACAGACAGCACAGCCUCUGCUGGUGGCCCUGUGCUUCAGGCGACUGCAGCUGUCUGCCCACUUCUGUGGUGUGCCUGACAGCCGCUGGCCUGUCUGACCACAGGUCUGUCCAUCCCUGGGGCGGCCAACUGGUCCCACCCCCAGCCCAGCCCCAGCCAUGCCCAGGCUCUAUCUGGCUGUCCCAGCUCUGCUGACUCUCUCUAUGUAAGCCCUGCCUAACUGCCCGGCUGGCCCUCAGCCCCAGGACUGUCUCAGAGGUGACUCCCUCAGAUUCUGGACUUGCACCCGACUGGCCCCCUGCCUACCUUCUGGAACCCACACCUCCCACCAUCACACCCUGAGUUCCACUGUGAGUCCCAGACCCAGGAGGCCACCCGAUUGCCCCAGCCUGAGGAAUGGCUUUCUGAGAAGGACUUGGAAGAAGCAGGACCCCCUUGUCCUAGGAGUGAGGCCUCACUGUGGACACGGCCUACCCACAUCGACCAUCAAUCAAGAAAUGCCCUACAGACUCGCCAACAGGCAAUCUGAAUGGAAGCAUUUUCUUAAUUGAGACUCGAACCAGCUCCCUGUUUCCUGGGCCACCGUGAUGAGAGCUCCCUUUGCCUCACACUCCUGUCUGAUCUUCUCCACCACACCUUCUUGUUGGGACGUGCUGAAGCCCUGAAACUGUCAACCAAGGUCCAUCUCUAAGAGACACCGAGGUGGCUGCAGGUUUCUGGUCUGGAACACAGCAUGCCACAGGGCCUGGCCGCUGCCUUGCUCCUGCUGAUCCUCCAGGGAGCUUGGGGCUGCCUGGACCUCACCUGCUACACUGACUACCUCUGGACUGUCACCUGUGUCCUGGAGACUUGGAACCUCCACCCCAGCACACUCACUCUCACCUGGCAAGAUGAAUAUGAGGAGCUACAGGACAAGGAAACCUCUUGCAGCCUGCGUAGGUCGGGCCACAACACCACACACGUGAAGUACACAUGCCACAUGCCCUUGUCUGGAUUCAUGUCGGAUGAUGCUUUCACCGUCAACAUGAUGGACCACUCCGGCAACAACUCCCAGGAGUGUGGCAGCUUUGUCCUGGCUGAGAGCAAUUCUUACCCUGUGUCAUCUUUCUGGGUCUUCCUCCAAGUCAAGCCAGCUCCCCCUUUCAAUGUGACCGUGACCUUCUCUGGACGUUACGAUAUCUCCUGGCGCUCAGAUUAUGAAGAACCCGCCUUCUAUGUGCUGUGGGGCAAGCUCCAAUAUGAGCUGCAGUAUCGGAACCUCAGAGACCCCUAUGCUGUGAGGCCGGUCACCAAGCGGAUCUCAGUGGACUCACAUAACGUCUCCCUUCUCCCAGAAGAUUUCCACAAAGGCUCUCUCUACCAGCUGCAGGUGCGGGCAGCACCCCGGCCAGGCACUCAAUUCAGGGGGACCUGGAGUGAGUGGAGUGACCCUGUCAUCUUCCAGACCCAGGCUGAGGAGCCCAAAGCAGGCUUGGACCCUCACCUCAUGCUGCUCCUCAUGAUCGGCUUGACCCCUGUCCUGAUUUUCAUGGGCCUGAAGAUUCACCUGCCUUGGAGACUGUGGAAGAAGGUGUGGGCACCAGUGCCCAGCCCCGAGAGUUUCUUCCAGCCCCUGUACAGGGAACACAGCGGGAACUUCAAGAAAUGGGUGGAUACCCCAUUCACGGCCUCUAGCCUGGAGCUGGCACCACAGAAUCCCACAGCAAACUCAGUCCUACAAGUGCAUGAUGGACAUUCCUCAUCAUACCCAGCCAAGGGAAAGAAGUUCCUGGGGCCACCAGGUCUGGAAGAGCAGCUGGAGUGUGAUGGAGUGGCCGAGACUGGCCCCUGGUGUACAGUUCCCUUGGUAGCUGGCCCAGGGCACUCAGCCUACAGUGAGGAGAGAGAUCGGCCGUAUGGUUUGGUGUCCAUUGACACAGUGAUUGUGGGGGACGCAGAGUGUCCAUGUGCCUGGCCUUGUAGCUGUGGGAAUGACGGCUACCCAGCCCUGAACCUGGAUGCUGGCCCUAAUGCAGAGGACCUGCUCUUGGUCGCAAACACCACUCUUCUGCCCUGUGGCUGUGUCUCAGGUGGUGGCCUCAGGCUGGGAGGUUCCCCAGGCAGUCUCCUGGACAGGUUGAGGCUGCCCCUUGCCGAGGAGAGGGACUGGACAGCAGGUCCACCCUGGAGAACUGGGUCUCAAGGAGGGAGCUCUGUGAGUGAAGCAGGCUCCCCCCCUGGCUUGGACAUGGACACUUUUGACAGCGGCUUUGCGGGCUCAGACUGUGGCAGCCCCGUGGAGUGCGAUGAAGGGCCCCCUCGCAGCUAUCUCCGCCAGUGGGUGGUCAGGACCCCUCCACCUGUGGACAGUGGGGCCCAGGCCAGCUAGCAUACGAGGGCCAGCUGUGAUGAGAAGAGGCUGUUGUCUCGGGAGGGCCUUUGAGCCUGACAUUUACAGUGUGAAUAUGUAGGUAUGUGUGUGUGUGUUCUUGUGUGGCUUGGGUGUGUGUUAGCACAUCCAUGUGCGAGAAGUGCCUGUGCAUGCCUGUGUGCACUGUCCUACAUGUGUGUGUCUGCCUGAGCUCACCGUGUGCAUGCGUGAGUGUAGGUGUCUCUUGGACAUGAGCCCCUGACUCCUCCCCUGCAGACUCCCCACAGUCAGUGUCCAGAGACCGGUCCAGAUUGCUGCCCCAGGACACUGUCACCAAAUCCAACCCUAGCAGGUGCCACUGUCUUCUCUCCUGGGCAGGGGAUGGAAGGAGCCUCCAGAGCCCAUCGGCGUGGGAAGGCUUGGGGGGAACCUAGGGAUGUAGCUAAAAAUCCCAGUUUGGGUGGCUCCAGGCCAUGCAGCCUGGAGAAGCCACUUCUGAACUCUGCUGACUUGGCUUUCCUGGGCAUUAGAAAUGGCCUGGCUGCCCCGGCUCAGCCCUGUGUAGUUUGCAGGCCCUUACAGCUUCUUGAUUUGUGGCUUCUAGGACCAGAUGCAUGCCCCGAGGUGGGGGAAUGGAAAAAGUCAGCCUACACCUCCAGCCUGGGGACCUGUGGAGAGUCCUGCAAGGGCACUGAGUGGGAUUCUGGGCUGUGACAUGCACAGCCUGGUCUCUCAGAAACAGUACCACCAACCAAGGUUUUUGUUUUGUUUUGUUUUUUUGUUUGUUUUUUCCUGGCUUCUUAUUAAAAAGAAAAUUCCUGUAAGUACUCAGAAAAUAUCAAGUAUCAGGCAUGGGAAGAGAGUACAGAGCAUAUUACCCACAGACCCUCUAUAUGACACCCACAGAGUGCAGGGAACACAAAUGAGCCAACAAGAAGCAGCUUCUAGGGGCUGGAGAGAUGGCUCAGUGGUCAUUGACUGCUCUUCCAGAGGACCCAGGUUCAAUUUCCAGCACCCAC